GAGCGCUGGAGAGGAGCUCAGACGUUGGUGUUGUGUGCGGGGUGAAAACAAAGGACCACUCUAACUCAGUAAAAUCUCAAGUGUUGAACAUCUGACAGCUGAAGAUGUCUAAAGGACCAGCAGUAGGCAUUGAUCUGGGAACCACAUAUUCCUGUGUGGGCAUCUUCCAGCAUGGCAAAGUGGAGAUCAUUGCCAAUGACCAAGGAAACAGGACCACACCCAGCUAUGUGGCCUUUACAGACACUGAGAGACUGAUUGGAGAUGCUGCCAAGAACCAGGUGGCCAUGAACCCCACCAACACUGUGUUUGAUGCUAAGCGUCUGAUUGGACGUAAGUUUGACGAUGCUGUGGUGCAGUCAGACAUGAAGCACUGGCCCUUCAAGGUUGUGAAUGACUCAUCUAAACCCAAGAUGGAGGUAGAAUACAAGGGUGAGAUCAAAACCUUCUACCCGGAGGAGAUUUCGUCAAUGGUCCUCACCAAGAUGAAGGAGAUCUCUGAAGCGUAUCUCGGCAAGCCUGUGACCAAUGCUGUUGUCACAGUUCCUGCUUACUUCAACGACUCCCAGCGUCAAGCCACCAAAGAUGCUGGAACCAUCUCUGGGUUAAAUGUGUUGCGCAUCAUCAACGAACCCACUGCUGCAGCCAUUGCUUAUGGCCUAGACAAAAAGGUUGGCGGUGAACGUAAUGUCCUUAUUUUUGACCUUGGAGGCGGUACUUUUGAUGUGUCAAUUCUGACCAUUGAGGAUGGCAUCUUUGAGGUCAAGUCCACAGCUGGUGACACCCACUUGGGUGGUGAGGACUUUGACAACCGAAUGGUUAAUCACUUCAUUACUGAGUUCAAGCGCAAGUUCAAAAAAGACAUCAUCGGCAACAAGCGAGCUGUACGUCGUCUACGCACAGCCUGCGAGCGUGCCAAGCGCACCCUCUCCAGCAGCACUCAGGCCAGCAUUGAGAUCGAUUCACUCUACGAGGGAACGGACUUCUACACUUCAAUCACCAGAGCCCGUUUUGAAGAGCUUAAUGCAGACCUAUUCCGUGGGACCCUUGAACCUGUGGAGAAGGCCCUGAGGGACGCCAAGAUGGACAAGGCCCAGAUCCAUGACAUUGUCCUGGUGGGUGGCUCCACACGUAUCCCAAAGAUUCAAAAGCUGCUGCAGGACUUCUUCAAUGGCCGCGACCUUAAUAAGAGCAUCAACCCAGAUGAGGCUGUGGCCUAUGGAGCAGCUGUGCAAGCUGCCAUCUUGGCUGGUGAUAAGUCUGAGAAUGUACAAGACCUGCUCCUGUUGGAUGUCACACCACUCUCCCUGGGAAUUGAGACUGCUGGAGGAGUAAUGACUGUCCUUAUCAAAAGGAACACCACCAUCCCCACCAAGCAAACACAGACCUUUACCACCUAUUCAGACAACCAGCCUGGUGUGCUAAUUCAGGUUUAUGAAGGUGAAAGAGCCAUGACCAAGGACAAUAAUAUCCUGGGCAAGUUUGAGCUUACCGGUAUUCCACCUGCUCCCAGAGGAGUCCCUCAGAUUGAGGUGACCUUUGACAUUGAUGCCAAUGGCAUUCUCAAUGUGUCUGCAGUGGACAAAAGCACCGGAAAGGAGAACAAGAUCACCAUCACCAAUGACAAAGGGCGGCUGAGCAAGGAGGACAUUGAGCGUAUGGUGCAAGAAGCAGAGCAGUUCCAGGCUGAGGACGAGCUCCAGAGAGACAAGGUCACUGCCAAGAACUCCCUUGAAUCUCUGGCCUUCAACAUGAAGAGCACUGUGGAGGAUGAGAAGCUUCAAGACAAGAUCAGCCCUGAAGACAAAAAGUCAAUUGUGGACAAGUGCAAUGAAGUCAUUGCCUGGCUGGACAAGAACCAGAUGGCAGAGAAGGAAGAGUAUGAACACCAGCAGAAGGAACUAGAGAAGGUGUGCAACCCCAUCAUCUCCAAGCUUUACCAGGGUGGUAUGCCAGGAGGAAUGCCAGGAGGAAUGCCAGGAGGAAUGCCUGGUGGCUUCCCUGGUGGAGCUGGAGGAGGCUCCUCCUCUGGCCCAACUAUCGAAGAGGUCGACUAAACAUUCUGUUGACAGUAUUUUUUCUCAGAUCCUAACAUACAGUUGCUGUCUUAAAGCUAUAUUUCUCAGCCAGAAUACA